UUUACUUUCCGCAUCACUGUACCCUCAUAAAUUACUACAAAACUCGAGAAAAGUGAAGACAGCUGAUCACUGCAUUUUUCAUUUCAGAACAUUGAAUGUUCAGCUGACUCCUCUCAAGGGAGAGAGAAAAAAGUUUUAGCUAUCAGUAAACAACUCAGGUGCUUAGCACUUGAUUAGAAGCAAAUUGAUAGUGCAAUGAUUAGUGAUGAUUGUGAGCAUAGAAUAGAAGUAGAUAAUUUGAAGCACGGAGAAAUUGUACAACAUACUUUACUGCUUAUUAAGGGUCAUAUACGCCAGCUCCGACCAUUAAAAAAGUGUGUCGAGCAACAAAUACUUUUACAUGUGAAGUACAACAGCAGCUUGGAAUCUACACCAUGGGAGUUGGAACAACAGUCGCAAAUUUCCAGAAAUGGUCAGUUUAAACUGCUCUGCGAUUUGGGUCAACAUGUGCCAGUGACGGGCAACCACAGAAAAUUACCACUGCAACUGCAUUUUUGCUAUUGUAACUCGGUAUUGAACAUUGAGAUCUUGUAUGAAUGUCCAACAAACAAUUAUCGCCUACAAGCUUUAUAUAUCAAAUGUUCUAAUCAGCAUACCAAAGACGAAGAAGUGCGUGCGUGUUUUGAUAAAAUCAAUUUAAAUUUACGUUUGGUGCAGAGCGUUUAUGCGGAUCAGUUGCGUGCUGCUGCUUACGGCCGCUUCACAUUUACAUUAAAUGGUGAUUGUAAAGUAUUUGAAACACAACUAACUUGCGAAGAAGUUUGGCAGCUGAACGAAGAAAGCUUGUGGCAAAAUUUUGCGGAGGAGAUACUCAACUCAAGCGCCUGGGGUGGCGAGGACAAACUAAAGUUUGUUGCAUUCAUUGGCUGUACGAAAUAUGACGCUGCAGCAAUAGCAGCUUCAGGCGAUUUCUCGUACGCUAACAUUCGCAGGCACUUAAAGGGUCACGCCGCCUUGGGUGGUGGUGGUCUGGCGCUUUUCGGUGCAGCUUAUUUGUAUGCAUGGCCACGCUACUGUAAAGAUAUUAAUGCAUAUUUCGGCAGCACUGAGAAAGUGGAUCCCACGCAAUUACCAGAUGAUAGCAACUAUCGUUGUACAUAUGGCGGUGUGUACGCAACAACGUUGGGUGCUGUUGUGCAUGAAAUCGGCCAUACUUUCGAUUUAGGUCACACCAUAGACGGUGUUAUGGGCAAUGGUUUCGAUUAUAUUAAUCGCGUGUUCACAAUUGACAAUCUGACCGAGCAUCUCCCUGAUAGAGUUAUUGAGCGAACAGCGCAUGCUUUGAAUGUACAAGUGGCGGAGCGUCCUCGUUUUACACAGCUCAAACGUUCCACGAACAAAUUCCUUGAGAAAUAUCAUGAACAAAAAACAAGUGAUCCUUUUUAUUUUACACGAAAUUGUGCUAUAAUUUUAGCUCAUAACAAAUGGUUUAAAAAUUGCCGAACUAACGGUGAUGUGUUUGAUUUAGCUACGGUUGAAACACUGUUAAAAUAUGACCCUGCUGAUAAGUGUGUUAUAAGUGGUGAGAGUGAACAUGCCUUGUGCCUGAUUGAGGUACGCACCGUUGAUAAGAGUUUAGUUAAAUAUUGGUAUGAACCAAGCAAAUCGGAUAGUUUAAUUUAUAAAUUUCACUUGCCGCAAGAAGCGAUCGAAGCUCUUGAAAAAGAUCACUACUUGUUUGUGCUCACGCGUUCGGGUGUUGCUAAGCGUUUGUGUGAGCCUCGUAAUUGCUAAGCUGGUAAUUCGUGUAGUACCCCUUUACAAGCUCCACCAUUCAACUGAUAGCAGACUGCUGCGUGAGACUUUGGUAGUCAUUGAGAACGAUAUUUAACAUAUUUACGUUUAAGAAAGUGGAAUUGAGUUUAUGUUUAUUUACGUUGACGAAUGGACUAUCUUGAAAGCGGCAUAAUAAACUAAAAACAAUAUAUAUUU